AUGGCCUCGAGCAUAAACGGAACAGAUCCAUCAUACGAGCUAGCCCAGGCGACGAUAGAGGGAGAAUUUUAUCGUCACCCAUCAGUGAGUGAAGAUGAGGACCCUUCGUCCGCCAAUACUCCUGAAGCGGGGAGCGAUGGAGCAAAUAACGUGGACAAGCCCAGCAACCUAUCACAGUCAUUAUCUACUACAUUUAAUGACUGGUUUGUCUGGGAGGUACUAGGGUUGGUAACAUCAACAGGCGUUUUGAUCGCGUUGGCCACGGUGCUUGCGCAAUAUAAUCGAAAACCACAACCUAGCUGGCAAUAUAUGUCGCUAAAUUCUUUUAUUUCCUGGAUGAGCACUAUAUUUCGAGCCGGUAUCAUCAUUUCCAGCAGUGAAGCUUUGGGCCAGUUAAAGUGGAUAUGGUUUGCUCAAAAACGAGAAAGGCCGGUGCAGGAGCUUCGUGUGUACGACUCCGCUACAAGAGGGCCUUACGGGGCGAUGGAGCUUAUAUGGACAUUGAGGGCAAGACACUUCGCCGUCCUAGGUAGUCUUGCAGUUAUCCUGACUAUCGCCAUUGAUCCCUUUGCGCAGAACCUCGUCUACUACUAUCAAGACAUGGUUGACCACCCUUUUCACCAAGCUUUGCUCUCCAGAGCAGACAACUAUAGUGCUAGUGACCAGAAUUCAAUGAAUUUGCAGGCAGGCUCCGGUGUUGAUGUCGUCCUCAAAGCCAACGUCUACAACUCCCUCCUGAACAACGAUCCCCAAAAGCCAUGGGCAAUCCCGCAAUACUCAUGCCCGUCAGGAAACUGCACCUGGGAUCCAGUUGCCGCUUUGGAAGCCCGCGCUCUCUGCGCAGAUAUCACUAGCCUCCUCUCCAAGUCCUGCAUCAAGCCUGAGGAUAACUUUGGCAGCACAAAUUGCACUCUCAGUCUCCCUGGAAACCACACACAGGGGUCGUAUAUCGGUCCUGACGACGGACAUAAUUUGCACUCCGGCAGUGAAGAAAACAUGAUUUUCGUUGGCAGCGGUGUUGACACACCUGUGGCGAAGUCAAAUCGUGCAAAUACAACACUAGGCGUAGUGCAGUUCAUCGCCCGUCAAAGAGACAUCCCCCCAGAUUGGCUUCACGAGAUGGUGUCAUCGACGGAUGAUCUCGAAGCCACCGAAUGCACCAUCAUUCCAGUCGUGCGGAGCUUCCGACCUUCUGUCGAAAACAACGUGUAUAAGGAAGAGACACUCGCUACAUGGAAUCAAUCCAGCCUUAUACGCGGAGAUAAACUCGUUGCGCAUUACGAUCUCAUUCCACCCUGGGGUCCUGAGAUGGGGAUUGACCAGCCCAACCAGGUAUUCGGCUACAACGUCCUUUCCUCCCGUGUAGUUACAAGAUUUGUGGAGGAAAUUUUUACAGGCCGCCUGAGUAAGAGUGACAACACCCCAAACUACCUAGCAACCGCCCCGGACCCGAUAUAUGCAGGUCGCGACAUCCUCGUGGCGUUAGGGGAAGGCGACGUUGUCGGCUGUGGUGGUUAUCUCCCGUCGAGACUAAAUUGCACCAUGGAAAAUAUCGCUCAAGCAAUCUCAAAAAGCUUCCGAGACUCGCGCUAUAGGGUAAACGCAGAGGAUGAAUCCGGGAGAGCUGUCGGGCGUGUUCGGGUCAGCGUUACGCAUGUCGGGGUGCGGUGGCAGUGGAUUGUGCUUCUAACGCUCGUGUUGCUCUUGGGAAUACUAGUACUUGCUGGGACUUUAUGGAAGGCUCGACGAAGAUGCAUUCCCAGGUGGAAGAAUGACCCGUUGCCGCUGUUGUUUCUAUACAACGAUAUGACGGGUGAAAAGACCGGAGGCCUGGGCUUGCCGGUACAAGGAAGUCUCAGCCAUACUAUGGAUAUAAAAGCGAGGUUGGAUACGAGCGAUGGCCGGAUUCUGUUGCGGUAG